UCACUUGAACUCAACUAGCGAACACACCAUGUCUGGAAGAGGCAAAGGCGGCAAGGGACUCGGAAAAGGAGGCGCCAAGCGUCACCGCAAAGUUCUCCGCGAUAACAUCCAGGGAAUCACCAAACCCGCUAUCCGCCGUCUGGCUGCCGCAGCGCGCGUGAAGCGUAUUUCCGGUCUGAUCUACGAGGAGACCCGCGGUGUCCUGAAGGUGUUCCUGGAGAACGUGAUCCGUGACGCAGUCACCUACACCGAGCACGCCAAGAGGAAGACCGUUACCGCCAUGGAUGUGGUUUACGCUCUGAAACGUCAGGGACGCACCCUGUACGGUUUCGGCGGUUAAACGCACUCUCUUCGGAACCUCAACACCCCGACUCGAACCCAAAGGCUCUUUUAAGAGCCACCCACAUCCGCUUCAAAAGGGCCCAUUCCAUAUAGUGUUUUUUUUUUCAGUAUGCUAUUUAGUAGGAAAGUAUGAGCCACUUCGAGUGGACAGGGAGUAUUAAUUAGAGGAUUCUAAUGUCCCUUCCAGUUUUAGCGCACAGAGGGAGGCCUAUAUCUGACAGUGGCAAAGUGUAGUGACGUUGUUAUUUUGGGUCAAGCAAUAGUGGAAUUUGGACAACAUAAAGCCACCACGAGUCGGUAGACGUGGCUCGAAAAGAGGGGGACAGCGCGCACACACACACACAGUCCAAAAUGCGAGCCCUAUGUCUGACGGUGCCAAAGUGGGCAAUUCUAUCACCAGCAUUAUUUGGCACAACAAUCGUGCCAUUUGGACAACUAUCA